CUCCCAAAACAUAUUUCCCUCUUUCUCUCUCCAUAAUCUUUAGAUGGCUCCGGAUGUCUGCGAAGGCCCGAGGAAUUCGAGCAAGUACGCGUUGAAGAAGGGGCCGUGGACGGCGGCCGAGGACUUGCUGCUGUUGGAGUACGUGAAGAAGCACGGCGAAGGGAACUGGAACGCGGUGCAAAGGAAUUCCGGGCUGAUGCGAUGCGGGAAGAGCUGUCGGCUGAGAUGGGCUAAUCAUUUGAGGCCUCAUCUUAAGAAGGGUGCUUUCUCUCAUGAGGAAGAACGCCUCAUCGUUGAGCUUCAUGCUAAGAUGGGAAAUAAAUGGGCUCGUAUGGCUUCUGAGCUUCCGGGGAGAACAGACAACGAGAUCAAGAAUUACUGGAACACAAGGCUAAAGCGGCGACAACGCGCAGGACUUCCAAUCUACCCUCGCGACAUAGAGCAAGAGCAACCCGAGCGCCACAACCCAUCCCGAGGAGCCACGCCUAAUUCGCUCUCGUCCCUCCUCGCCGGGUCCCACCCCCGGAGCCCGUCUCCGUUGAUCACCUUCGCAAAGCCUCUCUACACCAACAGCCAGCAUCUCAAGCUCUACCAAGACAGCAACGGCGGCCUGUCACUGUCGCUCGACGCCUCGAAUCCGAUCAUGUCUUCAUCCACUUUCCUCAAUCAAGGAUUAUUGAAUCAAUUGCCAAUCAUUAGUUCAAUUGUUCAAUUCAAUUCUCUAAAUCAAGUGAAUUAUGGAAUGGGGGCUCUAGGGCUUCCUUCAAUCCAAUCGGCGGCGGCCUUGACUCCGGCGGCAUCGUCGAGCGACGCGGCGGAGGAGUUUGAGGCGGCGGAGAGGAGUAGAAGCGGGCUGUUGGAGGAUUUGUUUGGGGAAUCUCGAGCUUAUUGUGGGAAAAGAAAAGAGGGUUUUAUUGGAAAUUUGCAUGAAGAAGAAGACGAAGAAGAAGAAGGUUUUGGUUUUGGGAAUGGCGUUUCGAGCUCGAAUGAGAGCUAUGGAGGUAUAAUUAAUCCUUUUUAUUAGAUUAAUUUUGGUCUGGUUUGGUGUAUGGUUUUGGACUUGAUGGGAUUGUUUGUACCUCUUUUGCUUAUGAUCUUAUUUACAUUUAAAAUAAAAAAAAUAAAAAUCAGA